AUGAAUCCCCAUCAGAAGAACAAGGUUGACGUCAAGUCCCUCUCCCCCGAGGAACAGCGCCUCUUCCGCCUCUACGGCAAACUCCCCUCCCGCUCCGACCACUUCGCCAAGCACCUCAAGGAGCGCAAAUACUUCGACUCGGGCGACUACGCCCUCUCCAAGGCCGGCAAGGCCGAUUCCGUCGACACGGGCUCCGUCGGCUCCGAGCACCCCGUCCCCGAGAACAUCCCCCACCUCACGAGCCCCGUCAACAACAGCGGGCCCACGGGUCACAUCCUCAAGCACACCGGCGCUGGUAUACAGGCGGGCAGUCCCGUCAAGGAGAGCAGCUUUUUGCAUCGGGAGACGAGCGCCGAGGAUGUGGAGGCCGAGGAGGGGAAGGAGAAUAAGGCGGUGCCGGUUGGUGGGGUUGUGAAGUCGUUGCCUGUUAGGCGGUGA